AUGGAGCAUUACGAGCCAGUAGCAUCGUCAUCGUCAUCGCAGCCCCGCCUUACACAUCUCCCAUACGAGCUCAUCAACAACAUCGCCGUCUUUCUACCGAGACAAGAUUUCAAAAACUUCAGACUUUCAUGUCAAAGGAUUGCAGAAUGCACAAAAGUACUCCUUGCGUUACCCAAUUUCGAUGGCGUCCCGUGGAGGAAGGAUGGUGAACGACUUAACCAUCUUUCCCUUGUACCGAGCUGCGCAAGGCGCAUUCACUCGGUCAAGUUCAACAUGGCUCGCUUGGUUGAGGAAGAGGUCGAAUACGCUACAUCGCGAAUCAUCAACGCAGAUGAACUGCAUAGAGCCUGGGGCCCUUAUCUUGAGACUCAAGAUGUGUUCCUCGACCCAAUCGAGCUGCCUCUUGACUUGGUAGUUCCAGCUAUCAUGAGGCUACCCAAUCUUGAUUCCGUGUGCUUGACUUGGACGCAGUGUCCUUGGCAAGAUUAUAGGGCAAUUGACGAUGUCUUUAACUCGGAAGAAUCUAUGGAAUUAGCUGGUGACGAGAUCCUAGAGUCACAGCAAGCCAUCUUGGAUGCCCUACUCAGACGCAACGUACCACUCAAGAGUCUAACAAUCGAGCCCAUAAUGCAUCCGGACCUGAAGUUACCAUCCACGCUGGACCCAAGAGUAUCAACAGCCUUCGGGUCGGUGACCCAGCUACACUUGCAUCUGAAAUACGACGUCAUGUCCUUCAAGCCAGACCGCCUCGAUUACUUCAUCUCUUUGAUGCCCAGCAUCCGAGACCUAAAAGUCCACAACACUCCUGUCGAGUUCGAAGCCAGCGAUGUUGACUUCUACAUCACUAAAAGGCUUCCUCACCUUGAGAAGAUCGACCUAAGCUGUUUACACAUCAGCUUUGUGCACUUUGUCCGUCUAAUUAUCGAACACGGUUCAACACUAAAGGAAGUUGACCUGCAGAGUAUAUAUGGAUGGUGCGAUCCUUUCAGUUCAAUUGACAUCGAUUGGGAUUUCAUCUUUAAGCUUAUGAGGGAGAAACUCGAGGUGUUGGACACGGUUCGAAUCAAUGGCAGGUUUAGUGACAACGUGGGCUGGUAUCAGAUCUUCUUUCGUAACGAUGUGCCUGCUGUGGACACGAUUGUUAGGAUUAUGGGAGAGAAGAGCGGAAGGCUUGAGAAGUAUAUACUGGACGGAGGGGAGUAUCCGCAACCUUUGUGGAGGAUCUAAGGGGUAACGUAACGUCCAUGAUCAAGGUUAUUACUGGGUAUGGGACAAUGUU